GACGACACCGAGGCGGAAGCCGGAAGAAAAACAACAACCAGUUUGUUUCAUAUUCUGAGCUUCUUCUUUUUUUAAAGAGCACUACUAUAUACAAUGGACGUGGUGGAGACCAAACUCCCAGGGUCCCCUGGGCCCAAAGGUAUCCAUGGGGACCAAGUAACGCAGACCCUGAGGGGGGUGAAGCAGGAGGACUGUGGGCCCCUAACAACACCCCUAACAACGUACCUGAAUUUUGCCCAUGUGAAAACAGAAGAAGAGGAGGAAGAGAUAUGGGGUGUGGCUCACCCAAGUACAGGGUUCUUCAACGUCAAGAAGGAGGAAGAGGAAGAAGCCAUAGUAUAUCCUAUACAGACUAAUGACAACCCAAGCCCCACUUCUGACAUUACCAGUCAUAGUUCUGAUGACUCCAGCCCUGACAAUGGCCCUAGAGCCACCCCUGACAAUGGCCCUCGAGCCACCCCUGACAAUGGCCCUCGAGCCACCCCUGACAAUGGCCCUCGAGCCACCCCUGACAAUGGCCCUAGAGCCACCCCUGACAAUGGCCCUCGAGCCAGCCCUGACAAUGGCCCUCGAGCCACCCCUGACAAUGGCCCUCGAGCCACCCCUGACAAUGGCCCUCGAGCCACCCCUGACAAUGGCCCUCGAGCCACCCCUGACAAUGGCCCUCGAGCCACCCCUGACAAUGGCCCUAGAGCCACCCCUGACAAGAACAACCCCCACCAUAACAGCGACCCCAGGUCUGGCCCUGCCAGUGGAGGGGCAUCGGACAAGGACCCUGCAUCCAGAGAGGAAGAUGAGGAGGGAGAGGAGAGGAGCACCCAGAUCUCAGCAAACCCAGGGACUAAGCCCAACAAGACCAAAGGCGGUCAUCAGAGGCCGUUCCCCUGCUCGAGGUGUGGGAAGCGUUUAUCCACCACUGUUAGCUUAGACAAACACCAGGUCAUCCACACCCGACUGAGACCGUACCCCUGCUCCGUACCGGCCUGCGCCAAGAGGUUCUGCUCACCAGCCGAGCUGAAGAGACACACACUCACACACACAGGAGAGAGACCCUUCCCCUGUCCAGACUGUGACAAGAGCUUCACCAUACUGGCUGCUUUAAAGACCCACCAGAGAACACACACAGGAGAGAGACCUUACGUCUGUGAGGUGUGUGGCAAGGGCUUCGCCCAAACGGGGAACCUGAAAUCCCACGAGCGCAGGCACACCGGAGAGAGACCGUUCUGCUGCUCCUUCUGUGGGAAGACAUUUGUGGAGUCUGGCCAUCUGAAGAAGCACCAGCGUAUCCAUACCGGAGAGAAACCGUACCACUGCAGCAGCUGCCCCAUGAAGUUCCCUUCCUCCAGCGAGCUCCGGGUCCAUGAGAAGAUCCAUAGUCAGGACAAGCCUCACAGCUGUUCCUACUGCGACAAGGCAUUCAAACAGCUGUCCAACCUCAAGCUCCACCAGAGAAUACACUCUGACCAGAAGCCGUACGCCUGCUCCUACUGCGACAAGGCAUUCCGUGCUCAGGGGACCUUAAAGGUGCACCUGAGGACUCACACAGGAGAGAGGCCUUACCCCUGCUUCGACUGUGACAAGCGUUUCAUCACGUCCUCAGAGUUGAAGGUGCACCAGAGGAUUCACACAGGAGAGAAGCCCUUCUACUGCUACGACUGUGGGAAGAGUUACUAUCAGCUGAAGCAGCUGAAGGAACAUAUGAAGUUCAACCCGGACCACAGCACCACGCGUAGCGGACUCAAUAACAUAGAGGACGAGGACAAGCUCUACUCUACGUCACGUGAUGAUGUAACGAUGUCUUGAUUUCUUUCUUUUUUUAGUUGGCUAGAAACUUUUAUUUUAAUUUUAUUUAACUAGGCAAGUCAGUUAAGAACAAAUUUGUAUUUAUAAUGACGGCCCACCCCGGCCAAACCAGGACGACGCUGGGCCAAUUGUGCGCUGCACUAUGGGACUCCCAGUCACGGCCGGAUGUGAUACAGCCUGGAUUCAAACCAGGGACUGUAGUGAUGCCUCUUGCACUGAAAUGCAGUGCCUUAGACCGCUGUGCCACUCAGAAGCCCCCUAUA